ACUGUAUGUUUCCUGGUCUUUUAUUUUUUUAUUUUUUUAAGUGGGCGGCUUCUCAUUAUGAGAACUAGACAAAUAGCUAAAGAGCUGAAUUCCUUCAUGUUUCCUGGUCAACACUUCCUCCUCAUGAAUAACGGAGUCUGUUACCAUGGCUACGACUUUGUUUACAUUCGGCGGCCCGGCUCGCACCAAGUGAAGGGCUGUGAUAAAACCGUYCGUAAGGGGGAUAAACUCCGAACCAGUGCGUCUCCUGGUUGGCCAGAGGUGUUGGGUAUGUGGACCACGAAGUUCAGAGAGAGGUAAAAAGUUCCCCAAGACGGAAAACGGAGCGUGCCAAACAACACUGGAGACAAGCUGACCGGCGGUGUCCUGCAGUGGUGUCAGAAUGAGCAGCAGGACGGCCCAAGGCCGCCUGGAGGUCCUGCAGAUCUACCGCCUGCUGCAGUACGUCCUGGAAGGAGACCUGGAACAGAUUGAGAAUAUGGUAAAGUUUGGAGUGAAAAAUCUCAUCAACCUCACAGAGCCACGGGACGGCACCGGGGUGCUUCAUGUGGCAGUUACAGCCAAUAAUCUGGACCUCGUCAACUUCCUUCUCUCUAACAAAGCGCAGCCCAAUGUCCAGAACAGACGGGGUCAAACGCCUGCUAUGUUAGCAGYUGAGCUGGGAAAUGAUGCACUGGUGAGGCUGCUAAUCCAGAAACAGGCUGACAUGAAGCUCCUGGAUGCUGAGGGAAAAGGURUGCUGUUCUACUGUAACUAUCCCACCAAGCGUCACAACCGCUGCCUUCAGCUGGCCCUGAAAAACCAGGCGGACGUCAACAACGUGUCAAAAAAUGGGGUUCACGUCUUCCAGAUGAUGUGUGAAAAAGCUCAUAACUGCUCCUUGUUGUGUCACGUCAUGUUAGACGCUGGUGCAGACCCCAACGCAACAAAUCAGGAAACAGGCAUGACAGCGUUAAUGGGGGCAGCCUGGGCUGGCUCCCUGCCGCUUGUUCGAGCCAUUCUCAGGAGGGGAGGAAACCCCAAUGCUCUAGAUAAAAAGCACUUCACUGCGGUUCACUAUGCUGCUAUGGGGGGCUUUUACGAGGUAAUUCAGGUCCUGUCUGCAUACUCAGCAGACAUGGGUGUGAUUAACCUUCAUAAGUGCACACCUUUACACUACGCUGCUGCCACAGGCAACGCCAACUGCUGCAAGUUCUUAGCUCAGAGAGGUUGUAACCCUAAACUAAAGAACCAGGACAAUUUGCUGCCACGUCAAAUUGCCAGUGACGCCGGUCACAGCGCAGCAGCCAAGGAGCUUAGAAAAGCAGAGAAGCAGCAGGGAAAAGGCAACAAAUCUGAAGGUGUCGGUCUCAUGUCAGAUCGUUGGGCUCUGAUCCUUCACGACUGGUCGAAUGAGUUUCAGGCUGAAAUACGGCAAGCCUUUGGGGACACAACAGUUCCUUCAGAGAUGUUUGUUUCGGUGUUAGAGAGGCUAAAGGCUCCUGUUAAACCAGAUUAUCUCCAGAAAGUUGUCUCAGCCCAUGACGAGAAAGAAGAGGGAAGGAUCAGCAUUACUGACUUUAUCAAAGGUGUCAAAUAUAUCAAGAAAGCCUUUCUCCUCUCCGCUCCAAUGCCAAAAAAGAAAAAGGAGGGAAAGGGAAGAAAAGGAGGGAAGAAGAAGAAGGGUAAAUUUGUCCUCCCCAUGCCCAUUUGUACCCUUCUGCCCGAACUGAAGUCCCGGCGACCUGACGGAGGCCCUCCCCACUACAUGAUCGAAACGUACUACAACGGCUCUGACAUGCAUAGAUUCCCUGAUCACCCACCAAAACAUCCCAUAAUUAACGAUUCAGGGUGGUACAUGGAGAAGCCAGACAAAGUGUACGUCAAUAUCAACAACUGUGUGAAAAGUGGAAAUCUAGAGACUCUGGACCUUGCGUUCAAUAAGGGGGUACCUGUGGAUGUUCAGGAUGAAUAUUACAAGACGCCACUGAUGGUGGCCUGCUCCAGCGGAAACCUUGAGGUGGUUCAGUACCUCCUGAGCCACAGGGCUGAUGUUAACAUGCGUGACCAGUUCUUUUGGACGCCUCUUCACCACGCGGCUCAUGCAGGCCAUUUGGAAAUAGUUGACCUCCUGCUGGAGGCCGGGGCCACUAUUAACACUCCGAGCCUCAGCGGAGGCACAACUCUCAUUAGAGCCAUCGAGAGCGCUAAACCAUCGUGUGUGGAGCUCCUCAUCAAGGCGGGUGCCAACGUGAAUGCAGUGAACAAGAAAGGAAAAAACUGCCUUGAUAUUGCUUUAGAGUUUGGAAACUCAGAAAUAGUAAAACUGAUCAAAGACCGAAUGGAUUCUUUGUCUAAAAGGAAGUACCCAGCAAAGGAGAUGGGGAGUAAAUCAAAACCUGCUAAAAAAAAGGGUGUCCCUGCAGAAGAUGGACUGCACACAGACACCCUGACUGCAACAUCAGGGAAGACUCCCACACAGAUGGACUCAAAGAGUGUUGUCCUCCAAAACACCAGGAUUACUGCAGGGAAAGCUAACACUGUGGAUAUCAGCUUUGUGCCAAAAACG